CUCCUGACCCGGUACGGAAACAAAUUAGAGCACGUGAUAAAGGAAAAGGGAUUGACCCUGGAAUCACUCCGCGCCGAACUUUAUGAGGAAGCACAGAAAGUUAGUAUGAAAAAUUUGCGUCGACUCGAAGAGGCGAUGGAAGCUAUUGGCACUCCGACAGCUACUCUACGGGGAGUGAGCCCGACGACAAAAAAAACUUACUCCAUUCAAGCCGGAGACAGUAUCGCCACAGCAGUCGAAUACAUGAUGCUUCUGCAAACCAGAAUCAGGGCGAUCAAAUCCUGGGAUGGCAUAAAGUCAAUAAGGGAUCGAGGUUUGCUUUUCGAACAAAUUCAAGUCAUCAUUCAGCAAGCGAGGCAGAAAGGCGAACAAGAUGACAACCAAUGGAUGAUGAAAAAUAUCUUAUCAAAAUUCCCUGAAGAAUUUCAGCGGAAAGUCUUCAUGAGGAAGCGAUCAGUCCCCUCACAUCUUCAACCACUUUCGAUGCAAUGUCUAGCAGCCAGCAAAGACUGCGGCACCCGAAAUGAACAACCCGCACUAAAGAAGAGGACUCCGCAAAACCGAAUACUACCAUGCAUGAGACCACAAACCAGCCCAGUGCGGAAAAUUCAAGAUUUCGCAAGAACGCGCACAAUACCUACGAGAAGAGAACUUGUGCCAGCUAUGCGCAUCAGCGCACCAUGUAACAGCAGAUUGCCACAGGCAACCGUGUUUUCACCACAUCACACAUCGUGCUGCUUCAUGGUCGCAGUAAAUUCAACGACAUCAUCAACACUUGUCAGUGGAACUAAUUCUCAUCAGGAAAGAGGGGAAAAUUCACAAAGGGCCGAAAAAAGAGGUGAAAAAAACGAGGAU